AUUGGAGGGAAAUCUUUUUUUAGCACUAAUAGAAUAUAAACCCACACAUGAGUAGUGUCUGCAACAGUCUUUUAAGCUACAUGAAAUCUGGACGAUUGAUGCUGCCAAAUGAAUUCAUACUAAAAUAUUUCAUCUCAAUUUAGGAAACAAUUGUCUCUAAUCUAUCAAAAAUCUUUGAGGAAAGAUGGCGGCUUCCGCAAAAGCUCUAAUUCCUCGGCUAAUGGCGCGUAAACCGGGUACACACGCUCAUCCAAGCUCUCUCGAUUUCCCAGAUUUCAGCCGUAUACACGACGCAGAUGAUGCUAUUUCCUUGUUUCGUGAAAUGAUUAUCGUUAGUCCGCAUCCCUCUCAUACUGUAUUCAACAAAUUGCUGUCCGUUACCUUCAAGAUGGGAAAUCACAGGCUUGCCCUCUACAUGCUCGACGAAAUGCGCCGGCGAGGCGCGCCUAUGAAUAACUACACUUUCAACAUCGCGAUCAAUUGCUGUUGCCGCCUGAAACGUGUAGAUUUAGGGUUUGUUAUAUUGGGCAGCUUAUUCACGCUUGGUUACAAACCAAAUAUCGCGACGUUUACGACUCUCAUGAGAGGGCUUUUUGGAGAUGGUGAGACAGUUGAAGCAGAAAAGCUGUUUGGAAAGGUGUUAGCUCAUAAUCUCUGUGAGCCUAAUGAUGUUAUGAUUGCUAGUUUGAUUAAUGGACUCAACAAAGCGGGGAUGGCUCAUGCAGCGUGUUAUUAUCUUGAGGUAUUGGCGAAAUUGGGAUGCAAUGUUAAUGUUCAUGCUUAUAAAUCUGUGAUUGAAUGUUUGUGCGGGGGUGGGAUGGUUGAUGAUGCGAUGCAGCUAUGGCGUGACAUGAUCGAUAGGGGUGUUUUGCCCGAUGCUGUCACUUAUACAUCGAUGGUUCAUGGAUUGUGCCGUGGUGGUAGGUGGGAAGAGAUGAGGAAAUUGAUAUGUGAAAUGGAUGAUCGCAAAAUGUAUUUGAAUUCGGCCGCUUUUAAUAUAUUGAUCAACAUGCUUUGUAAGAAGGGGAAGGUGAAGGAGGCGGAGGCUCUUGUGCAGAUCAUGUUGAGGCAGGGAGUUCGUCCUGAUGCUUACACGUAUACUACAUUGAUAGCUGGCUAUUGUUCACAAGGGGAAAUGGAUGAAGCGAAGGACUUUCUUGAUUUCCUAGUGGACAGGCGGGUUAAGCCCAAUAUGCUUGCGUACAGCAGUUUGAUUAACGGAUAUUGCAAGAAUCGAAGAGUGAAUGAAGCUUGGAGUGUCUUUCUUGAAGUUCCUCGUAGAGGCUUACGCCACACAACUAACACGUACAACACCAUGAUACAUGGAUUGCUAUGUGAAGGCAAAUUUGGCAAUGCGUGGAGGCUUUUUGAUGACAUGGAAGCUAAACGAGUGCAUCCUGAUGUGAUCACGUAUAAUAUCUUGUUGGAUGGCCUGCGCAGGGUUCAUCAGAUGGAUCGUGCGUUUGCAUUAGUGCGUGCAAUGGAGGAGCGAGGAGUGAAUCCGAAUAUGAUCACCUAUAAUAUCCUCAUCAAUGGAUUGUGUAAAGAAGGGAGAUUGGAGCUUGCUAGAGAUGUUUUCAACCAACUUCCUUCCAAAGGCUUGAAACCAGAUGUUGUAACGUAUACUGCUCUUAUUAGCUCGCUUUGUGGAAAGGGUUUAAUGGGGGAGGCAAUAUGGUGGCUUAAAGAGAUGGAGAGACGUGGCUGCCCGCCUGAUGGGGUGAUGUAUUAUAUUGUUCUUGAGGAGUUGGUAAAAGGAAAUGAUCUUGACAUGGCAGUUCCAAUCUUCGAGGAAAUGAGCCGGAGGGGCUUCUUAGUCAAUUCAUCGAUGGCUUCAAGGCUGCUUGAUCAAGUGCUGAUACAAGGGAAAGGUGGUGUUCUUGUGGAGAUGAUUAAGAGAGUUGUGCCAUUGAAAAUGCGAGCUUCGUUUAGUGUCUGUUGCAUUUCUCAUAUAUAAUGCCUGCAUUUAUUUUGUUAGAUCAAUACGUUGCAGUUGAAAGGUGUACACUUGCAUCUUAUUAAACUGAUGCCUCUUGUCUGCCUAAGAAUUGAACGCUUUAUUUGAUUUCAAAUUUAAUGGAAAAUCCUCCAGAUCAAUGAAGAAGGUGAGCUCUUCUGCAACUGAUCUUAUUCUCCGAGGAAUUUGGGGUAA